AUGGAUUUUGAUCCCUUAUCUUUAUAUACACCAUCUCCCGUUGAGGUGACAGAAGAGAUAGUUGAUAUUCCAAGUCAUUCUAUCCUGGAAACACCCAUAUCUUCCGAGGAAGAACAACAACAAACUGAGGUUUAUGAUGAUGAUGAUGAUGAUGACGAUUCUCAUUCACAACCAAUACAUACUUUAGAUUUACCAAUUUUAAACCUUAAACCAUCCUAUGAAGUCUUGAUUACAAUAUUAAAACUUUUAGCUCCUAAUGAAGUAUUGAAUUUUGGGAGUGAUAUUGAAUCAGAUAUAUCCCAUCCAGAGACAAUUUUCCAAGAAAAGGAAAUCUCCGAAAUCAGUGAAUCAACAUUAUCUUGGUUUAAAUUAUACUGUCCAAGAUUUGAUAAUUUACAAAAACUUGCAAAUAUUCCUAACUUAUCAAAUUCUUUAAAACUCAAUUACACAUCUGAAUAUAACUCAUAUAUGACUAAUAUAAUAAUAAGUCCUUUAUCAUGGGUAUCUGAUCCUAUACAAAUUGAAGAAAUUCAUAAAUUGGCAUCUUUACGAAUAAGUGAAAAUUGUGGACGUACAGCUCAACCAGAAAUAAUUCGAAAAAUAAAACUUGAUAAUUUAAAAAAUGGAUUUUUAAAAUUACGUGAACCUUCAUUAACUAAUGAUAAUCUUGGUUUAAAAACUUGGGGAUCUUCAUUAAUUUUAAGUCAAAGAUUAUUAAAUCAUCCAAGAGAAGAAUAUAUGUAUGGUAAAAUACUUGAAUUAGGUUCUGGAACUGGAUUAGUAGGUAUGAUUAGUUCUUUAUUAGGGUAUCAAUCAUAUUUAACUGAUUUACCGGAAAUAGUACCUAAUCUAAAAUCAAAUGUUGAAUUAAAUGGAUUAAAUCUGAUUGUACAUGAAUUAGAUUGGACUAAUCCAGAAAAUUUUUUGGAAACUUUUGGAAAUGAUGUUAAAUUUCAAACAAUAAUGUUAAGUGAUCCAAUAUAUUCUUCAAAACAUCCAUAUUGGGUUGUCAAUAUGAUUAAUAAGUUCUUGGAUAUGGAUGAUUCAAAUUCUAGAGUGCUUAUACAAAUUCCUUUACGUCCUAAAUUUGAAGAAGAAAGACAAUUACUUUGGGAUUUAUUAAACAAAAAUGGGUAUAGUGUAUUACAACAUGAAGUAGAACAUGGAUUUGAUGAUUUUGGUGAAAUGAAUUUCUGUUUCAAAAUGUUUAAUAAGAAAAUAUAA